ACCGGCUGGAGCGCGCCUUCCGGAGCACAGCUCCAGCUGCCGGGUGCAAACUGGCUGCGAGGACAGUGCUCCUUUUUGGAAGAACACACUCACGGAACAGGCCAAAUAGGCUGUUGGAAUGUUAUUCAGUAUUUUGGAUGGAAGUAUGAUGUGAUGGAUAUAACUAUGGGAUACUGUGUAGGUACACGGCCUCCCUCUUGCCUCAUCCUCCUGCUUCUCAAGCUUUUAGCCACUGUCUCUCAGGGGCUGCCGGGGACCGGGCCCCUUGGUUUCCACUUCACACAUUCCAUUUAUAAUGCUACCGUGUAUGAGAACUCGGCAGCAAGGACCUACAUCAACAGCCAGAGUAGAAUGGGCAUCACCUUAAUAGAUCUGUCCUGGGAUAUCAAAUACAGAAUAGUGUCUGGAGAUGAAGAAGGCUUCUUCAAAGCAGAGGAAGUCAUCAUUGCAGAUUUCUGUUUUCUCAGAAUAAGAACUAAAGGUGGCAAUUCUGCCAUAUUGAAUAGAGAAAUUCAGGACAAUUAUUUAUUGAUAGUAAAAGGUUCUGUUCGAGGAGAAGAUUUGGAAGCAUGGACUAAAGUGAGCAUACAGGUUUUAGAUAUGAAUGAUCUGAGACCCUUAUUUUCACCCACAACCUACUCUGUUACAAUCGCAGAAAGCACACCUUUAAGGACUAGUGUUGCCCAGGUGACAGCAACAGAUGCAGAUAUUGGUUCCAAUGGAGAAUUCUACUACUACUUUAAGAACAAAGUUGAUCUCUUUUCAGUUCACCCCACGAGUGGUGUCAUCUCUUUAAGUGGACGAUUAAAUUAUGAUGAAAAGAAUAGGUAUGAUCUGGAAAUUUUGGCUGUGGACCGGGGGAUGAAGCUCUAUGGAAACAAUGGAGUGAGCAGUACUGCAAAGCUUUACGUUCACGUUGAACGAAUAAAUGAGCACGCUCCGACUCUCCACGUGGUCACUCACAUUCCUUUCUCACUGGACAAAGAGCCCAUAUAUGCACUGGUGACAGUGGAUGACCUAGAUGAAGGAGCCAAUGGAGAGAUUGAGUCUGUUUCCAUUGUGGCUGGGGAUCCUUUAGAUCAGUUCUUCCUGACUAAGGAAGGAAAGUGGAUGAAUGAGUACAGGAUUAAGGAGAAGAAGCAGGUUGACUGGGAGAGCUUUCCCUAUGGCUACAAUCUCACUCUUCAAGCCAAAGACAAGGGGUCACCUCAGAAAUUUUCAGCAGUAAAGAUAGUCCACAUUGCCAACCCCAAAAGAGACACUGUCCCAGUUAGGUUUGAAAAAGAAAUGUACGAUGUGAGCAUUAGUGAAUUUUCCCCUCCUGGUGUCAUGGUUGCUAUAGUAAAAUUAAGUCCUGAACCUCUAGAUGUGGAAUACAAAUUAUCCCCUGGAGAGGAUGCACAGUACUUCAAAAUUAAUCCUCGGUCAGGUCUGAUCGUCACAGCACAGCCACUGAAUACCAUUAAGAAGGAGGUUUAUAAACUAGGGGUGACAAAUAAAGAAGGAGAUUUAAAAGCACAAGUCACUAUCAGCAUAGAAGAUGCGAAUGAUCACACCCCAGAAUUUCAGCAGCCACUGUAUGAUGCUUUUGUGAAUGAAAGUGUUCCAGCGGGAACAAGUGUUUUGACAGUUUCAGCUUCUGAUAAGGAUAAAGGAGAAAAUGGGUACAUCACCUAUAGUAUUGCCAGCUUGAAUUUGUUACCAUUUGCCAUUAACCAGUUUACAGGUGUUAUUAGCACAACUGAAGAAUUGGAUUUCGAAUCUUCGCCAGAAACAUACAGGUUCAUCGUCAGAGCCUCUGACUGGGGUUCGCCAUACCGCCAUGAAAGUGAGGUCAAUGUGACUAUUCGAAUAGGAAAUGUCAAUGACAACAGCCCUCUCUUUGAAAAAGUGGCUUGCCAGGGAAUUAUUUCCUAUGACUUUCCAGUUGGGGGCCAUAUCACAGCUGUCUCAGCAAUCGAUAUCGAUGAACUGGAACUUGUAAAGUACAAAAUCAUCUCUGGAAAUGAACUUGGUUUCUUUUAUUUAAACCCAGACUCUGGUGUUUUGCAGCUUAAAAAGUCACUGAUGAAUCCUGGAAUCAAAAAUGGAAAUUUUGCCCUUAGGAUUACAGCCACCGAUGGGGAGAAUUUUGCGGAUCCUAUGUCUGUUAACAUUUCAGUCCUGCAUGGGAAGGUGUCUUCAAAGAACUUCAGUUGCCGAGAAACUCGUGUGGCUCAGAAGCUGGCAGAGAAACUACUCAUUAAGGCCAAAGCAAAUGGGAAGCUGAAUCUGGAAGAUGGAUUUCUUGACUUUUAUUCAAUUAAUAGGCAGGGGCCACAUUUUGACAAGUCAUUUCCUUCUGAUGUGGCCGUGAAGGAGAAUCUGCCAGUUGGUGCUAACAUCCUGAAGAUUAAAGCCUAUGAUGCCGACUCUGGCUUCAAUGGAAAGGUGCUAUUUACAAUAUCCGAUGGGAAUACGGAUAGUUGUUUUAAUAUUGAUAUGGAGACCGGGCAGCUUCAAGUCCUUAUGCCCAUGGAUCGAGAACACAGAGACCUCUAUCUCCUUAAUAUCACUAUCUAUGACUUAGGUAAUCCACAAAAGUCCUCGUGGAGGUUGCUCACCAUCAAUGUGGAGGAUGCUAAUGACAAUAGCCCAAUUUUUCUUCAAGACAGUUACUCAGUUAACAUUCUUGAAAGUUCAAGUAUUGGCACUGAGAUUAUUCAAGUGGAAGCCAGAGACAAAGACUUGGGUUCUAACGGUGAAGUGACUUACUCAGUCUUGACAGAUACACAGCAGUUUGCCGUCAAUAGCUCCACUGGAAUCGUGUAUGUAGCUGAUCAGUUGGACCGGGAAUCCAAAGCAAACUACUCUUUAAAAAUAGAAGCCAGAGACAAGGCAGAAAGUGGCCAGCAGCUGUUUUCGGUUGUCACCCUGAAGGUUUUCUUGGAUGAUGUCAAUGACUGCUCCCCGGCUUUCAUUCCCAGUAGCUAUAGUGUGAAGGUUCUUGAAGAUCUCCCCAUUGGCACUGUCAUUGCUUGGCUGGAGACCCAUGACCCAGACCUGGGACUGGGGGGUCAAGUGCGCUAUUCUUUGGUCAAUGAUUAUAAUGGGAGAUUUGAAAUAGAUAAAGCAAGUGGCACCAUCCGCCUGAGCAAAGAGCUCGACUAUGAAAAGCAACAGUUCUAUAACCUCACCGUUCGGGCCAAAGACAAAGGGCGGCCUGUCUCUCUGUCAUCCGUUUCCUUUGUUGAGGUGGAAGUGGUGGACGUCAAUGAAAACCUCCAUACUCCCUAUUUCCCAGACUUUGCUGUUGUUGGAUCUGUAAAAGAAAACUCACGGAUUGGAACAAGUGUGCUGCAGGUUACUGCACAUGAUGAGGACUCCGGGAGGGAUGGAGAGAUCCAGUACUCCAUCAGGGAUGGCAGUGGUCUUGGAAGGUUCAACAUAGAUGACGAGAGUGGAGUCAUCUCUACUGCAGACAUUCUUGAUCGAGAGACAACAGGGUCAUACUGGCUGACUGUGUACGCCACAGAUCGGGGCGUUGUUCCACUCUAUUCCACGAUUGAGGUCUACAUUGAAAUUGAAGAUGUGAAUGACAAUGCCCCGCUGACCUCUGAACCUAUUUAUUAUCCUGUUGUCAUGGAAAACUCUCCGAAGGAUAUAUCUGUCAUUCAGAUCCAGGCUGAGGACCCUGACUCUAGUUCCAGUGAAAAACUGACAUACAGGAUUACAAGUGGGAAUCCUCAGAACUUUUUUGCCAUCAACAUCAAAACAGGUCUGAUUACAACAACUUCAAGGAAAUUGGAUCGAGAGCAGCAGGCAGAACAUUUUCUGGAGGUGACUGUGACAGAUGGUGGUUUCUCUCCAAAACAGUCAACCAUUUGGGUGGUGGUUCAGGUUUUGGAUGAAAAUGACAACAAGCCCCAGUUCCCAGAGAAGGUCUACCAGAUCAAGCUGCCAGAACGUGACCGGAAGAAGAGGGGAGAACCCAUUUAUAGGGCUUUUGCAUUUGAUAGAGAUGAGGGCCCCAACGCAGAAAUUUCCUAUAGUAUCGUGGAUGGGAAUGAUGAUGGAAAGUUCUUCAUUGACCCUAAAACUGGCAUGGUUUCUUCCAGAAAGCAAUUUACAGCAGGGAGUUAUGACAUUCUAACGAUAAAGGCAGUGGACAAUGGGCGCCCUCAGAAGUCCUCCACGGCCCGCCUCCACAUUGAAUGGAUUAAGAAACCACCUCCUUCACCUGUACCGUUGACCUUCGAUGAGCCAUUUUAUAACUUUACAGUCAUGGAAAGUGAUAGAGUCACCGAGAUUGUAGGGGUGGUGUCUGUGCAGCCAGCUAACACCCCUCUGUGGUUUGACAUCGUUGGGGGCAAUUUUGACAGCUCUUUUGACGCAGAGAAGGGCGUUGGGACCAUUGUCAUUGCAAAACCUUUGGAUGCAGAACAGAGGUCCAUCUAUAAUAUGAGUGUGGAAGUCACCGAUGGGACAAAUGUUGCUGUCACUCAGGUAUUUAUCAAAGUGCUGGAUAAUAAUGAUAAUGGCCCAGAAUUCUCUCAGCCAAAUUACGAUGUGACAAUUUCCGAGGAUGUGCUUCCAGAUACCGAGAUAUUGCAGAUUGAAGCCACAGACAGAGAUGAGAAGCACAAGCUAAGCUAUACUGUCCACAGCAGCAUAGAUUCUGUCAGCAUGAGGAAGUUCCGGAUUGACCCAAGCACUGGCGUGCUCUACACAGCCGAGAGGCUGGACCACGAAGCCCAGGACAAGCACAUACUCAACAUAAUGGUCAGAGAUCAGGAGUUUCCUUAUCGAAGAAACUUGGCCCGAGUCAUUGUGAACGUGGAAGAUGCUAAUGAUCACAGCCCUUAUUUUACCAACCCGCUGUAUGAAGCAUCUGUGUUCGAAUCGGCUGCUCUGGGAUCAGCUGUACUGCAAGUGACGGCUCUGGACAAAGACAAAGGGGAAAAUGCAGAACUCAUAUAUACAAUAGAAGCAGGGAACACUGGGAACACGUUUAAGAUAGAACCAGUCCUGGGCAUCAUCACUGUUUCCAAAGAGCCAGACAUGACAACAAUGGGUCAGUUUGUCCUGUCAGUAAAAGUCACGGAUCAGGGUUCCCCGCCGAUGUCUGCCACUGCGAUUGUGCGAAUUUCUGUCACCAUGUCUGAUAAUUCUCACCCCAAGUUCACUCACAAAGACUACCAAGCAGAAGUAAAUGAAAAUGUUGAUAUUGGAACAUCAGUCAUUCUGAUCUCUGCCAUCAGUCAAUCCACCCUCAUUUAUGAAGUCAAAGAUGGAAACGUUGAUGGGAUUUUCACCAUAAAUCCCUAUUCUGGAGUCAUCACCACACGCAAGGCACUGGAUUACGAGCAUACCUCCUCUUAUCAGCUCAUUGUCCAGGCCACGAACAUGGCAGGAAUGGCUUCCAACAUCACAGUCAAUAUUCAGGUUGUUGACGAAAAUGAUAAUGCACCAGUUUUUCUCUUUUCUCAAUAUUCGGGUAGCCUAAGCGAGGCAGCCCCCAUCAAUAGCAUCGUCAGGAGCUUGCACAACAGCCCGCUGGUGAUUCGAGCCACCGAUGCCGACAGCAAUCGGAAUGCUCUGCUUGUGUAUCAGAUUGUUGAGUCCAUGGCCAAGAAGUUCUUCACAGUGGACUCCAGCACAGGUGCAAUCAGAACAAUCGCGAACCUGGACCAUGAAACCAUCGCCCAUUUCCAUUUUCAUGUGCAUGUGAGAGACAGUGGUAGCCCCCAGCUGACAGCAGAGAGUCCAGUUGAAGUCAACAUAGAAGUGACAGAUGUGAAUGACAACCCACCUGUGUUCACUCAGGCUGUGUUUGAGACUGUCUUACUUCUACCUACCUAUGUCGGAGUGGAGGUUCUGAAAGUUAGUGCCACAGAUCCUGACUCCGAGGUGCCCCCAGAACUGAUGUACAGCCUAAUGGAAGGUAGCUUGGAUCAUUUUUUAAUUGACUCAAAUAGUGGAGUGCUCACCAUUAAAAACAACAACCUCUCCAAAGAUCACUACAUGCUGAUAGUUAAGGUGUCUGAUGGAAAGUUCUAUAGUACUUCCAUGGUCACCAUCUUGGUUAAAGAAGCCAUGGACAGCGGCCUCCACUUUACACAAAGCUUUUACUCCACCUCCAUCUCAGAGAACAACACGAACAUAACCAAAGUUGCUAUUGUCAAUGCAGUGGGAAAUCGCCUUAAUGAGCCCUUAAAAUACAGCAUCUUAAACCCAGGAAAUAAGUUCAAGAUAAAAUCUACCUCAGGUGUCAUUCAGACCACCGGAGUCCCCUUUGACCGUGAAGAACAAGAGUUAUAUGAGCUGGUUGUGGAAGCCAGCCGAGAGCUAGACCAUCUGCGGGUGGCAAGGGUGGUGGUCAGGGUUAACAUCGAAGACAUAAAUGACAAUUCUCCAGUCUUUGUGGGCCUCCCCUACUACGCUGCUGUGCAAGUUGAUGCUGAGCCUGGCACCCUGAUUUACCGAGUGACAGCCAUUGACAAAGACAAAGGUGCAAAUGGAGAAGUGACCUACCUCUUACAGGAUGACUAUGGCCACUUUGAAAUUAACCCUAAUUCAGGGAAAGUUAUUUUAAAAGAAGCUUUCAACUCUGACUUGUCCAACAUUGAGUAUGGAGUCACCAUCCUAGCCAAAGAUGGUGGAAAACCCUCUUUGUCCACAUCCGUGGAACUUCCCAUCACUAUUGUCAACAAAGCAAUGCCUGUGUUUGAUAAGCCUUUCUAUACAGCAUCCAUCAACGAAGACAUCAGCGUCAACACCCCCAUUCUAAGCAUCAACGCCACCAGCCCAGAAGGCCAAGGCAUCAUAUACAUCAUUAUUGAUGGGGAUCUUUAUAAACAAUUUAACAUUGACUUUGACACUGGGGUCCUGAAAGUCGUUAGCCCUUUGGAUUAUGAAAUUACAUCUGUUUACAAGUUGACAGUAAGAGCCAGUGAUGCCCUUACCGGGGCCAGGGCUGAAGUCACCGUUGACUUGCUACUUAAUGAUAUAAAUGACAACCCCCCUAUUUUUGAUCAACCCACGUACAAUACAACAUUAUCAGAAGCUUCUCUCAUUGGGACACCUGUUUUACAAGUUGUCUCUACAGAUGCAGACUCAGAAAACAAUAAAAUGGUCCAUUAUCAGAUUGUCCAGGAUACUUACAACAGCACGGAUUAUUUUCACAUAGACAGCGCAAGUGGCUUAAUCCUGACAGCGCGGAUGCUGGACCAUGAGUUAGUGCAACACUGCACUUUGAAAGUCAGAGCCACAGAUAAUGGCUUCCCAUCACUGAGCAGCGAGGUCCUGGUUCAUAUCUACAUCUCGGACGUAAAUGACAACCCUCCAGUCUUUAAUCAGCUCAUUUAUGAGUCAUAUGUGAGUGAAUUAGCCCCCCGGGGCCAUUUUGUAACUUGUGUGCAAGCCUCCGAUGCAGACAGCUCUGAUUUUGACAGGUUGGAAUACAGCAUUUUAUCUGGGAAUGACCGGACGAGCUUUCUGAUGGACAGCAAGAGUGGCGUCAUCACACUCUCCAACCACCGGAAGCAGCGGAUGGAGCCUCUGUACAGUCUCAAUGUGUCCGUCUCUGAUGGACUGUUCACUAGCACUGCCCAGGUGCAUAUCAGGGUCCUCGGGGCCAACUUGUACAGCCCUGCCUUUUCUCAAAGCACCUAUGUAGCUGAGGUGAGAGAGAACACAGCCGCUGGGACAAAGGUAAUUCACGUUCGAGCCACGGAUGGGGAUCCAGGGACAUAUGGGCAGGUCAGCUACGCCAUCAUCAAUGACUUUGCUAAGGAUCGAUUCCUCAUAGAUGGCAAUGGACAGGUCAUCACAACAGAAAGGCUCGACCGGGAAAACCCUCUGGAAGGAGACAUCAGUAUUUUUUUGAGGGCCCUUGAUGGCGGAGGGAGAACAACUUUCUGCACCGUGAGGGUGAUUGUGGUGGAUGAAAAUGACAAUGCCCCCCAGUUCACGACAGUGGAAUACAGAGCCAGCGUCAGGGCAGAUGUCGGACGUGGUCACCUGGUCACUCAGGUUCAAGCCAUGGAUCCAGACGAUGGAGCAAAUGCAAGGAUUACUUACUCCCUCUAUAGCGAGGCCUCGGUCUCGGUGGCUGACCUCCUGGAAAUCGAUCCUGACAAUGGCUGGAUGGUCACAAAGGGCCAUUUUAACCAGCUGAAAAACACAGUGCUGUCCUUCUUUGUCAAAGCAGUGGAUGGGGGCAUUCCAGUGAAGCACUCCCUCAUCCCCGUCUACAUCCAUGUCUUACCCCCUGAAACAUUCUUGCCAUCCUUCACCCAGUCUCAGUAUUCCUUCACCAUUUCAGAAGAUACAGCCAUUGGGAGCACAGUGGACACCCUGAGGAUUUUGCCCACUCAGAAAGUCAAGUUCAGCACAGUUAAUGGGGAGCGGCUGGAAAAUAACAAAGGAGAUGUCUUCAUCAUAGAACAGGAAACAGGCACGAUCAAGCUGGACAAACGUCUUGACCAUGAGAUCAGCCCAGCUUUCCACUUCAAAGUAGCAGCCACUAUACCCUUGGACAAGGUAGACCUUGUGUUCACGGUGGAUGUAGACAUCAAGGUACUGGAUCUGAAUGACAACAAGCCAGUCUUUGAAACUUCAAGCUAUGAGACGAUCAUCAUGGAAGGGAUGCCUGUGGGCACCAAACUCACGCAGGUGAGGGCCAUCGAUAUGGACUGGGGAGCCAAUGGGCAGGUCACCUACUCCCUCCACUCAGAUUCCCAACCUGAAAAGGUGAUGGAAGCGUUCAACAUUGACAGCAACACAGGCUGGAUCAGUACCUUGAGAGACCUGGAUCACGAGACAGACCCCACGUUCACCUUCUCCGUGGUGGCCUCCGACCUCGGGGAGGCCUUCUCUCUUUCUUCCACAGCAUUGGUCUCUGUCAGGGUGACGGAUAUAAAUGACAACGCUCCGGUCUUUGCCCAUGAGGUGUACCGAGGGAACGUGAAGGAGAGCGACCCUCCAGGCGAGGUGGUAGCUGUCCUCAGCACAUGGGACAGAGACUCUUCUGACAUCAAUCGACAAGUGAGCUAUCAUAUUACAGGAGGGAACCCCCAAGGAAGGUUUGCCCUGGGCCUCGUGCAGAGCGAAUGGAAGGUCUACGUGAAGAGACCUCUAGAUAGAGAAGAACAAGACAUUUACUUCCUCAAUAUCACCGCCACUGAUGGGCUCUUUGUCACUCAGGCCAUGGUGGAAGUGACUGUCAGUGAUGUGAAUGACAACAGCCCAGUGUGUGAUCAGGUUGCAUAUACAGCAUUAUUUCCUGAAGACAUUCCAUCAAACAAAAUCAUCCUGAAGGUCAGUGCCAAGGAUGCUGAUAUUGGAUCCAAUGGAGAUAUACGAUACUCACUCUAUGGAUCUGGAAACAAUGAAUUUUUUCUAGAUCCACAAAGUGGUGAGUUAAAAACUUUGGUUCUGUUGGACCGGGAGAGGGUCCCUGAAUACAGCCUCAUCGCCAGGGCCACCGACGGGGGUGGCAGGUUCUGCCAGUCUGACGUCCGUCUGAUCCUGGAGGAUGUGAACGAUAACCCCCCAGUGUUUUCGUCCGACCACUAUAACGCCUGUGUCUAUGAGAACACAGCCACCAAGGCUCUGUUGACCAGAGUUCAAGCAGUAGAUCCCGAUGUCGGCACCAACAGGAAGGUCGUGUACUCCCUGGCCGACUCGGCCAACGGGUUCUUCUCCAUCGACAGCUCUUCUGGCAUCAUCAUCCUGGAGCAGCCGCUGGACCGAGAACAACAGUCCUCCUAUAGCAUCAGCGUGCAGGCCACCGACCAGAGCCCCGGACAGGCCCUGUCCUCUCUGGCCACUGUCACCAUCACUGUCCUGGACAUUAACGACAAUCCCCCCGUGUUUGAGAGGAGGGACUACCUGGUGACGGUGCCUGAGGACACCUCCCCUGGCACCCAAGUCCUUGUUGUUUUUGCCACCAGCAAAGAUAUAGGCACAAAUGCCGAGAUUACAUACCUCAUCCGGUCUGGAAAUGAGCAAGGGAAAUUUAGGAUCAACCCAAAGACAGGUGGUAUCUCUGUGUCUGAGGUCCUGGACUAUGAACUAUGCAGAAAGUUUUACCUGGUGGUGGAAGCAAAAGACGGGGGCACCCCCACCCUCAGUGCCAUGGCCACUGUCAACAUCAACCUCACAGAUGUGAAUGACAACCCUCCCGAGUUCAGCCAAGAUGUCUACAGUGCUGUCAUAAGUGAAGACGCCUUGGUCGGGGACUCUGUCAUUUUGCUAAUAGCAGAAGAUGCAGACAGCCAGCCCAAUGGACAGAUUCGAUUUUCCAUUGUGAAUGGAGAUCGAGACAGUGAAUUUGCUGUGGAUCCUGUCUUGGGACUUGUGAAGGUUAAAAAGAAAUUGGACCGGGAACGGGUGUCUGGAUACUCCCUGCUCGUCCAGGCAGUAGACAGCGGCAUUCCUGUGAUGUCUUCAACUGCCACUGUCAACAUCGAUAUUUCUGAUGUAAACGACAACAGCCCAGUGUUUACACCUGCUAACUAUACCGCUGUGAUUCAGGAAAAUAAGCCAGUAGGCACCAGCAUUUUGCAGCUCGUGGUGACAGACAGAGACUCCUUUCACAAUGGGCCUCCGUUCUCCUUCUCUAUUUUGUCGGGAAACGAAGAGGAGGUGUUUGUGUUGGACUCGGAUGGGAUCCUGCGCUCAGCCGUGGUCUUCCGGCACAUGGAGUCUCCAGAGUAUGUGCUGUGUGUCCAGGCAAAAGACUCAGGCAAACCUCAGCAAGUUUCUCACUCCUACAUCCACGUGCGGGUCAUUGAGGAAAGCAUCCACAAGCCCACAGCCAUCCCCCUGGAAAUUUUCAUUGUCACCAUGGAGGACGACUUUCCUGGUGGGGUCAUUGGGAAGAUCCAUGCCACAGAUCAAGACGUGUAUGAUGUCCUCACAUUUGCCCUGAAAUCGGAGCAGAAAAGCUUGUUCAAGGUGAACAAUCAUGAUGGGAAAAUCAUCGCCCUAGGAGGCCUGGACAGCGGGAAGUACAUCCUGAACGUGUCAGUGAGUGAUGGCCGUUUCCAGGUGCCCAUCGACGUGGUUGUGCAUGUGGAACAGCUGGUGCACGAGAUGCUGCAGAACACCGUCACCAUCCGCUUCGAGAACGUAUCCCCUGAGGACUUUGUGGGGCUGCACAUGCACGGGUUCCGGCGCACCCUGUGGAACGCGGUCCUCACCCAGAAGCAGGACAGCCUGCAUAUCAUCAGCAUCCAGCCCGUGGCGGGCACCCAUGAGCUGGACAUGCUGUUCGCGGUGGAGACGCCCAACAGUGAGUUCUACAAGCCAGCCUACCUGAUCCAGAAGCUGUCCAACGCCAGGAGACAUCUGGAGAAUGUCAUGCGCAUCUCAGCCAUCCUGGAGAAGAACUGCUCUGGGCUGGAUUGCCAGGAGCAGCAUUGCGAGCAAGGCUUGUCGCUGGAUUCCCACGCGCUCAUGACCUACAGCACAGCUCGCAUCAGCUUCGUGUGCCCGCGUUUCUACAGGAAUGUGCGCUGCACCUGUAAUGGAGGACUGUGCCCAGGGUCCAACGAUCCUUGCGUGGAGAAGCCGUGUCCAGGGGACAUGCAGUGUGUCGGUUACGAAGCCAGCAGGAGACCGUUCCUCUGCCAGUGUCCACCGGGGAAGCUCGGAGAGUGCUCAGGGCACACUUCUCUCAGCUUUGCUGGAAACAGUUACAUCAAAUACCGGCUUUCUGAAAAUAGCAAAGAAGAGGACUUUAAACUGGCCCUGCGUCUGCGAACACUGCAAAGCAAUGGGAUUAUAAUGUACACCAGAGCAAAUCCCUGCAUCAUUCUAAAGAUCGUGGACGGCAAGCUGUGGUUCCAGCUGGACUGCGGCAGUGGCCCCGGAAUCUUGGGCAUCUCGGGCCGCACUGUCAACGACGGGAGCUGGCACUCGGUCUUCCUGGAGCUCAACCGCAAUUUCACGAGCCUGUCCCUGGACGACAGCUACGUGGAGCGGCGCAGGGCGCCCCUCUACUUCCAGACGCUGAGCACCGAGAGUACCAUCUACUUCGGGGCCCUGGUGCAGGCGGAUAACAUCCGCAGCCUGACCGACACGCGGGUCACGCAGGUGCUGAGUGGCUUCCAGGGCUGCCUGGACUCCGUGGUGCUGAAUAACAAUGAACUGCCGCUGCAGAACAAGCGCAGCAGCUUCGCCGAGGUGGUGGGCCUGACCGAGCUGAAGCUGGGCUGCGUGCUCUACCCUGACGCCUGCGAGCGCAGCCCCUGCCAGCACGGAGGCAGCUGCGCUGGACUGCCCUCCGGGGGUUAUCAGUGUACCUGUCUCUCCCAGUUCACCGGGAGAAACUGUGAAUCGGAGAUCACAGCCUGCUUCCCAAACCCCUGCCGGAAUGGAGGCUCCUGUGACCCCAUAGGAAACACUUUCAUCUGCAAUUGCAAAGCUGGGCUCACUGGAGUCACGUGCGAGGAGGACGUCAACGAGUGCGAGCGGGAGGAGUGUGAGAACGGCGGUGCCUGUGUGAACGUGUUUGGCUCCUUCCUCUGCAACUGCACACCAGGCUAUGUGGGGCAGUACUGCGGCCUGCGCCCCGUCGUGGUACCCAACAUCCAGGCCGGCCACUCCUACGUGGGGAAGGAGGAGCUCAUCGGCAUCGCCGUGGUCCUCUGUGUCAUCUUCGUCCUCAUCGUCCUCUUCAUCAUCUUCCGCAAGAAGGUCUUCCGCAAGAACUACUCCCGCAACAACAUCACACUGGUGCAGGACCCUGCUACGGCCGCCCUGCUCAACAAGAGCAACGGCAUUCCAUUCCGGAACCUGCGGGGCGGCGGGGACAGCCGCAACGUCUACCAGGAGGUGGGGCCCCCACAGGUCCCCGUGCGCCCCAUGGCCUACACCCCGUGCUUCCAGAGCGACUCCAGGAGCAACCUGGACAAGAUCGUGGACGGGCUGGGCGGCGAGCACCAGGAGAUGACUACAUUUCACCCCGAGUCACCGCGCAUCCUGACGGCCAGGCGGGGUGUGGUCGUUUGCAGUGUGGCCCCCAACCUCCCUGCCGUGUCCCCCUGCCGUUCUGACUGCGAUUCCAUCCGGAAGAAUGGCUGGGAUGCCGGAACUGAAAACAAAGGGGUUGAUGACCCAGGAGAAGUGACCUGCUUUGCAGGCAGUAAUAAAGGCAGCAACUCAGAAGUUCAGUCCCUGAGCUCCUUCCAGUCAGAUUCUGGCGACGACAAUGCAUCCAUAGUGACUGUCAUUCAGCUUGUCAACAAUGUAGUUGACACUAUAGAGAAUGAAGUGUCUGUCACGGAUCAAGGACAGAACUACAACCGAGCCUAUCACUGGGACACCUCUGACUGGAUGCCGGGGGCCCGCCUGUCGGACAUAGAAGAGGUACCCAACUACGAGAACCAGGAGGGAGGCUCGGCGCAUCAGGGCAGCACGCGGGAGUUGGAGAGCGAUUACUACCUGGGUGGCUACGACAUCGACAGCGAGUACCCACCCCCCCACGAAGAGGAGUUCUUGAGUCAGGACCAGCUGCCCCCACCCCUGCCAGAGGACUUCCCGGACCAGUACGAGGCCCUGCCGCCCUCCCAGCCGGUCUCACUGGCCAGCACGCUGAGCCCAGACUGCAGGAGAAGGCCCCAGUUCCAUCCCAGCCAGUACCUCCCUCCCCACCCCUUCCCCAACGAAACAGAUUUGGUGGGCCCUCCCGCCACCUGUGAAUUCAGUACUUUUGCUGUGAGCGUGAACCAGGGCACAGAGACAGCAGCGGGCCCAGCAGACAGUGUGUCUCUCUCCUUGCACAAUUCCAGAGGCACCUCGUCCUCGGAUGUGUCAGCCAGCUGCGGCUUCGACGACUCCGAAGUAGCCAUGAGUGACUAUGAGAGCGUCAGGGAGCUCAGCCUCUCCAGCCUUCACAUUCCCUUUAUGGAGACCCAGCACCAGACCCAAGUGUAG